AUGUCCGAUUCCCGGACGGUCUUGAGCUGGGUCCAGGGUGGAUCUAGAUUGACUUGCCGGUCGGUCGAACGGGUUGCCUUGGCGCGCCUUUGCGAUGCUGUCUGUGAGUUACGGGACGCGUGGAGACGACGGUUUGGUGUUUACUCUCAACUAAGUCAUGUGGCCGCUGACCAGAAUGAGGAGGCCGAUGCUCUGAGCCGAUUGGGUGUCCGCUGGCGAAUCAUAAAAGAAAUCCUGCUUGACGGUCGUGAGGCUGUAGUCGACGACUGUGAGUCUGAUGAUGAUGGCAAGACCUGA